AAAAUAAAUAAAUAUGAUUUUAAAGAUAAUUAGUAGUAUUUAAGACGAAAUGCGUGACGUUUCAUGGAAUCAAAACGGCGCGUAGUGCAACAAGUAUAUGGUUAACUGAUACGCCACGAAAUAGUCGGGGAUAACUAAUUCAAUCGUUACCGAACCAAUUCACCGGCGAGAGAGAAUGAAUACGCCGAUGUCACUCUCGGCGGCGCGUGGCCGUAUGCUACCUUUUUUAGAGAAGGAGAAAUCAGAAGAAGAGUCUGAAACUCUGGAAUCGAGUCUCUUACAGCUAAUCGACGACAAUCGUCGAUCAUCGUUACAGCUCCGGGAAAAAACCGAGAGAUCGAGAAAGGAAGCAAUCAGGCACGCGGCGAGAACGGCGGAUCUGCUAGUGAAGGCGGUGAACGGAGGAGUAGAGGAAUGUUUCGUUAACGAGAAACGGAUUGAGUCGGAGAUUAGGAAUCUUGCCAUUACGGUGGCGAAAUUCGGCAAACAAACGGAUCAGUGGCUUGCCGUCACUCACGCCGUUAAUAGCGCCGUAAAGGAAAUUGGAGAUUUUGAGAAUUGGAUGAAGACGAUGGAGUUUGAUUGUAAGAAAAUCACUGCUGCAAUUCGAAACAUUCAUGAAGAUCAACAAUAAGAGCAAGUUAUUGUGAUUCAUUCACUUGUUGGUGUUUUUUGAUAGAGAGUUCUUAUAGCCAUUGAUGUUAUAUACCACUUCUUUAGUGUUUCUCUGUUUGAGUAGUGGAAAUGAUUGGAUCAAAAGAGUUUGAUAGUCUACUCAAAAUAAAAACAUGAACUACUCUUUUGGCCUUGUUGGGUUGUCUUUGUGAGUGUUACAAGAUAUUUUCUUCGUACUUCUCUUCUUCAUAGGCUUGUUCUUUAGCCUGAGUAGGAUUCAUCAUGUGCCUUAUUAUCAAGACAGACUCUCUCUUUUUGACCUCUUUUGCUGAGUGAGUGCGGUUAGGCUGAUCUAGCUCGUCUGGUAUCAUACUCCCGACCUAUGCCAUAACAUUCUUUUGUUU